UCAGAGGAAAGGAGACGUGUCUCAUUUCAGAGCAGCUUGGACGGAGUGAUGGAAGCACACAGCACCGGUGGAAACGUGGGAGAGAAAGCAGACGUGGAGAUGGCAGGAUCUCCGUUUGAACCUUACAUCGAGUCCCUGCGGCAGCAGCUGGAAGAGCAGGACCCGGUCUUCCUGAUCGGAGUUAUCGUCGCUUUGGCGGUGGUUGUUAUCACCUGUGUCUUUCUGAAGUACUUCCUCACCAGUAAGACUGUGCGCACCUCCGUGCUCCUGGUGGGGCUGUGUGACUCGGGGAAAACCCUGCUCUUCAGCCGGCUGCUGUCUGGAAAGUUCAAGCGGACACAGACCUCCAUCACUGACAGCAGUGCUCCAUACAAAGCCAAAAAUGACAGGGGCAGCACCUGGACUCUCAUAGACCUGCCAGGCCACGACAGCCUCCGUCCUCAGUACCUGGAGAAGUUCAAGUCUGCGGCCAGAGCGAUUGUGUUUGUAGUGGACAGCGCGAUCUUCCAGAAGGAAGUGAGAGACGUGGCCGAGUUCCUGUACGUGUUAUUGACGGACGCCGCGAUCACCAGGAACGCCCCGGCUCUCGUGGUGGCGUGCAACAAACAAGAUAUCACCAUGGCAAAAUCUGCUAAACUGAUUCAGCAGCAGCUGGAAAAGGAGCUGAACACCUUGAGGGUGACUCGCUCGGCAGCACUGAGCUCUCAGGACGGCUCCGUAGGCGGCAGCAUGUACCUGGGCAAAAAAGGCAAAGACUUUGAGUUCAGCCAGCUGCCCAUGAAGGUGGAGUUUGUGGAGUGCAGCGCCCGCGGGAGCAAGGGUGAAGACGGGGGGGAUGCAGACAUGGAGUUGCUGGAGAAGGCCCUGGCCAAACUGUAAACAUCAUCUGCUCAGUGCACAUUGCCUUAAAGGCACAAACCUCCAAAAUGUGAGACCACGCCAACAUCGCCUGUACCUCUCAGUAAUCAGAGGGGUGAAACGCCUCACGCCUGUUAACUUUAUUUAAACCUGUUCUUGAAAGACAUGAAAGGAUUUUAACAGUGGAAGACAUCCAGGCAGAUUUAGUAGGCUAUUAGUAAGUGAUUGUGGAAACGAUUUUCUCUACAGUGCUGUGAAGUGAUCCUGCUUACUCAGUGAAACUUCCACUUUAAAAAGCUUCCAUUUGAUUGAUUUAUGACGUGCGGCUUAAAACCUUUUUGUUAGACUAGAAGAAAUAUUGUCAAAGAUUUUACCACCAGUGGAUUUUUCUUAAGCUUUUCUCGUGCAGUCUGAGCUGUAAGCUGCCUUGUUAAAUCAGACGGGCGUGAAUUUGCUCAGCCUCGUGCCUUUUCAUGUGUCGUUGUUGUGUUUUUCUUGUUUGCGGAAGAAUGAUGCUCCCUUCUUUGAAAGUGCUGCAUGAAUACAGAACAUUUCCAAUGAAUGUACUUUAAUGUUUUGUUGGCGUUAAGAGAGCAGAAUGCUGUUUGUAGUUCUCGGGUUUGGUUUGGAAACUAAAAUUUUUGAUGCUUGAUGCUGAUGUGUGUGGUGUGUCAGUGAAAUACAGUCCAGGAAGAGGGAGCAGUCGUCUUCUUCUUUAGCGUCGCCAUGAGGGAUCAUCGGCCUCCAUAUCGAUAUAUCCCCAGCAUCCUAUUCCUGUCACACCAACCAUGUCUUAACCUCUUGAAGUCUUCCACCUCCACUUCAUCCUCUUCUUCUUGUUAUUCCCACAGUCUCCAAAUGAUCUUGCCUGCGCUCUCUUCUUCACCUCUCGUGUAAUUUCAGUUUCAUUAACCAGGUAUUUGAACACAUCCACCUUCACUACAUCUGCUCCUUGUAGCUUCACUCAGGAACUGGACAGAGUGAUGAGAUCCCUGAAGGUUAAACCUUGAUCCAGCGUUUCCUUCUAGGGUUCUUUUUUUUUUUUUGGUUUUUUUGGAGUGGUGUAUCCCAGAGUCAGCCUGUGGCAAUUCGUAAGCAGCAAACAGGACUUAAUCAUUAACAUGUAUUCCAGAAAAUCCCAGUUCUUCUUUCACAUGGGAUGUGCUUUUAUUUUUUAUGCUUUUUUUCAUGUGGCAGCAAUUCAAAUGCAUGUGUGGCUGUCUGCAAUCAUUUUUUUUUGUUCUGAUGUCUGUGGGGCCAGCUUUCAUUUACUGUGCUUUGAUUUCUGUUGGCCACCUGGUUUGGAUUGGGGUGGCUUCAUUAAAAACUCUGUUAAACAUGAAA